AUGUGGUUCAACGGGCGAGAAGCAUCCGCGGCGUGCAGGCUCGUGAUGGAUCACGGAAUCAUGCGUGCUUCUGCAAUCCUGAGGGCGACCAAGUUGGGCUGGACGCUGGUGGAGCUAAGCCUGUUUAAGUUUAGUCCAAUAGACCCGCCCAAAGAAUCAACCAACGUAUUCCUGUACGAACUGGCCAAAUUCCGAACACCUGAGUUCUCCAAUCUCGCAUCCAGCAGUGGCUAA